CCCCUAGCCCCACACCAUUAUAAGGCUACCCCUUGACAAAAAAUCUCUUCCCCCUCUCCUCGUCCUCCCACCUCCUCCCAUCCACAAAUGAGCAAAUCCAUCUUCACCACAACCUCCAGAUCCUCCUCCUUCACCAUCAACUCAGUCGCUAAAAGGCCAAAGCACCACCAUCACCACCACCACCAAACACCGCAAAAACAAGAACAAGAACAAGAAGAGCUGCCAGAGACCAGUGAAGACCAAUCUUUGCUGCCAGGACUUCCUGACCACAUAGCCCAACUUUGUCUCUCCAAAGUGCAACCUUCACUUCUUUACUCCGUUUGCUGGCCGUGGCGCCGGCUUAUAUACUCUCCUUCUUUUCCUCCAUUUUUAUCCAUCUAUGCUCUCUUGAUACCAUCUGAGACAACCCCAGAUCACCAAUCGCACGACUCUAUCAAAUUUUCUUGCUUUGAUCCCAUCUCUUCAAACUGGCUCUCACUUCCUUCACCACCACCUGACCCUCUUCUCUGCCUCCUUCUCCGCCACCCCUCUUUCAUCUCACGUAGACUUCCCAUCCAAUCCGUUACCGUCUCCGGCAAACUAGUCCUCCUUGCUGCCACCGCCGAUCAAUUCCAACCAGCUCUCAACAGUCCUCUGAUCUUCAACCCUCUAUCUAAGACGUGGACUUACGGUCCUCCAAUCGCGGCCCCACGUAGAUGGUGUGCUGCUGGCGCUUCGGCCGGCGUGGUGUAUAUGGCGAGUGGUGUAGGGUCCCACUACAACCUUGACGUAGCUAGGUCGGUUGAAAAGUGGGACCUACUAAUGAACCAAAACAACUCCAGCAUCAACAUAAAGAGAGAUUCUCAGACGGCAAACUGGAGAUGGGAAAAGAUGGGAGGAUUAAGAGAUGGGAGAUUCAGUCGGGACGCAAUUGAUGCUGUUGGAUGGAAAGGAAAGCUUUGCAUGGUGAAUGUCAAAGGCGACGCAGCGAAGGAAGGGAUAAUCUACGACAUGAAGAAUGACGCAUGGGAGGAGAUGCCGGAGGGGAUGCUGGCGGGGUGGAGAGGUCCAGCGGCGGCGAUGGAUGAAGAAAUUAUAUAUAUGGUGAACGAGUCCAAAGGUGUACUGAGAAUGUACGAUCCAUUGAAGGACGCGUGGGUUCAAAUACUGGAAAGCAAGAUGCUCCAAGAUGCACAAUACGUGGCCGCAGCCGGUGGAAGAGUGUGUAUAGUUGGUGGCAGUGGGCUGGAGAUUGUGGUGGUGGACGUGGUGGUUUCGCCGCCUAGAUUUUGGGUUGUGGAUACUCCGCCUGCGUAUCAAGCAGUAGCAAUUCAUGUCUUGCCCAGGAUGGGCCAUUAAGAUUUUCAACCUCCGGUACUUGAUUCCAUGCUUGAGGAAACGAAUUUUUUUUCCCAAAUUCAUUUCUGUUCAUUUUCUCUGGCUUUUUUUUGGCUGAUAUUUUUAAUUUAAUUUCUCCCUUUAUUCUGGUCUUGAAAGGAAUAUCUUGUA